AUGGCAUCGACACCUCCGCCAAUACACAACUUCAAUGUGCAGCCUGUCCCAAGACUUCCGUCGCCUUCGAGCUCACGCCCUCGCCACUCCAUAAACACGUCCUUGUCCUUCGGACCGCAAUCGCUUGUAAACUCAUUCGUGGAAGCCAACAGCGGCACCGCGUCAAAUCAGCGCUCGUUCACGUUGGAUCCGAAUCGUUCACUUCUCCCUGUAUCGCCACUAUGCUCCUCACCGCGCUUGCCGCGGAGAACAAAGACGACCAGCAGACACCCGCUCGCCAAUGACACCACUGACGUGUUCCAGGACGACGCCGAUACCGAGGGCGAGGGAUACGAAUGGAAGAUGGUCGAUCGUAUGCGUCUGUGGAGACAUGACGCGCUCCUACAGCAUAUGUACGACACGGCUGCGUUCUGGGGCGACAAGAUCGUCAGUAUAACCAAUGACCCAAACGACGCGUUUUGGCUUGCGCAGACGUAUUUUCUGACGCAUCAGUAUUCCCGCGCGGAACGACUGCUCACGCGACCGUUCCCCACGUCGCCGCCCAAACCUCCAAACGUACCGGUAGCACCACUGAGCAAUGGCCACUUCCAACCGUCUGCACCUGAUAUUAAGGGAAAGGGGAGAGAGACCGUUGUCUUGCCAAUGGCUACGGGAACGCUGGUGGCCCCGAGACUGCCCGUGGGCCCUGGCGAGAUGAUUGACGUCGCAGUCGGGUUCGAAGAGGGCGUAUCGCGACUUGUGGACAUGAGUGUUGUGUGCAGAUACUUGGCUGCGCAGAGCCAGGUGCGACAAGGUAAAUGGACAGAUGCAUUGGAAAUGCUCGGCGAGGCGAACCCCUUCCGUGAGUUGGAGCGGAGUGGUCCUGCAGUUCCGAACUUGGACGGAGGUGUCAAGAUUGAAUCGUCGAUGUGCCAUUUACGCGGACUGAUGAUGCUGAAAUUGAGCCGUUCGGAAAAGGCGAAACAUUGUUUCAUGGAAGCGCUUGCACUGGACGUGAAAUGUUUCGAAUCAUUCGAGCAGCUCGUCCGUGGAGAGAUGAUGACCCCGGACGAAGAGUGGGAUUUCAUACAGUCACUCCCAUACAGCGACCAGAUCCCCGAAGACGCAGAAUUCGUGAAGCUUAUCUACACCUCCCAACUGCGCAAAUACAAACAUGCAGAGGAGCAUGCUCUCACUAGGCGGCGCCUCGUCGAUGAGUACGGACUAGGCGACAAUCCCGACGUGUUAUACAGCUUCGCAGACGCACUAUACACACAGUUCAGAUGGGCAGAUUGUUUUGCUGUCACCACGAGAAUUCUCGGCCUUGUGGACGUGCAUGCGCCAACUAUGCCAGUACAUAUAGCCUGCAUGCACCAUCUUUCGCACCUAAACUCGAAGCUAUUCCUCCUUGCGCACGAGCUUGUCGAGAAAGAGCCGGAGUCUCCAAUUAGCUGGUAUGCGGUGGGUGUGUGGUAUCUCACCCGGAAAAAGUGGACAGAAGCGAGAUCGUACUUCAGUAAGACAUCGCUCAUGGACCCGCGCUUUGGCCCGGCGUGGAUUGCGUUCGCUCACACGUUCGCGUUGGAGGGCGAGCAUGACCACGCGGUGACGGCAUAUUCCACAUGCUCGCGGAUGUUCACUGGCUCGCACCUUCCCCUAAUGUUUGUCGGCAUGGAACAUAUCAUUUUGUCCAACCAAACCCUCGCAGAUGAGGCUUUCAACGCUGCACAGCUCAUGUGCGACGGUGACCCAUUGCUGAUCAACGAGCGCGGCGUGAUGGCUUACAAUCACGGAAACUACGAAGAGGCAGUUUUGCUGUUCCAGGAAUCGCUGAAGCUGGCAAAGGUGGUUCAGAGCUCUCAGCAAGCGUGGGCACCAACGUACCUCAAUCUAGGCACGUCCUUCCGCAAACUUGGGCGCCUGCAGGAGGCGCGAGCGGCGUACCAGCACGUUGUCGAGAUCGACCCUCGCAACCAGACCGCACUUGCACUGUUGGGUUUGACUUACCAUCUCUUAGGCGAUAUUGAUGCUGCUGUCGUGAAAUACCACGAGACUCUCAGCAUAGACCCAAUUAACGGGCAUGUGCUCGAGCUCCUCGACCUCGCACUAGAGGCCAGUGCGGAUGCGGGUCCGUUCGGAUUCAAGGGCGUCCCAGGAGGAGAAGAGGACUGGGCGCGUCAAAUGCGUGAGCACAGGGACAAGGGCAAGCAGAUUGCAGCUAGUCGGGACAUGCAAGGGCCGGUACAUGUCCCUAAAGAUGAUGAGAUGAGUGUUGGGUAG